UUGUUGCUUGUGUUGUUGGUUGUUGUGUGUGUGAAAAAAAAAAAAAACUUGGCAUUGUUUCGAACCAAGAUUUUACAAUUCCACGUAUUUAUUAAUUAGUUUAUUGUAAUUAUAAUAUUAAAAAAUGAUGGAUUAUGAAUUUAAGAUAAAAACACAAAAAGAUAGAACAAAAGUUGAAGAUUUAUUUGAAUUUGAAGGUUGUAAAGUUGGAAGAGGUACUUAUGGACAUGUCUACAAAGCUAGACGUAAGGAAGGAAUACCAGAUGCUGAAUUUAAAUCAAGACCAGACACUAAAGAUUUUGGAUUAAAACAAAUUGAAGGAACUGGUCUUUCUAUGUCUGCAUGUCGAGAAAUUGCAUUACUGAGAGAAUUGAAGCACAUCAAUGUCAUCACACUUAUACGAGUAUUUCUCUCUCACAAUGAUCGUAAAGUAUCAUUAUUAUUUGACUUUGCUGAACAUGAUUUAUGGCAUAUAAUAAAAUUUCAUAGAGCAGCUAAGGCAAGUAAAAAACCAGUAAUGGUACCAAAAGGUAUGGUAAAAUCAUUAUUAUAUCAAAUAUUAAAUGGUAUACAUUAUCUACAUUCAAAUUGGGUACUUCAUCGUGACUUGAAACCAGCAAAUAUAUUGGUAAUGGGUGAAGGAAAUGAAAGAGGUCGUGUUAAAAUAGCUGAUAUGGGUUUUGCACGUUUAUUUAAUGCACCAUUAAAACCACUUGCUGAUUUAGAUCCAGUUGUUGUAACAUUUUGGUAUCGUGCACCAGAAUUAUUACUUGGUGCACGUCAUUAUACAAAAGCCAUUGAUAUAUGGGCAAUUGGUUGUAUAUUUGCUGAAUUAUUAACAUCAGAACCAAUAUUUCAUUGUCGUCAAGAAGAUAUUAAAACAAGUAAUCCAUAUCAUCAUGAUCAAUUGGAUAGAAUAUUUAAUGUUAUGGGUUUUCCAUUAGAAAAAGAUUGGGAAGAUAUUAAAAAAAUGCCUGAACAUCCAACAUUAUUAAAAGAUUUUAAAAGAUCAAAUUAUGCUAAUUGUUCAUUAACAAAAUAUAUGGAUAGACAUAAAAUUAAACCAGAUAGUAAAGCAUUUAAUUUAUUACAAAAAUUAUUAAUGAUGGAUCCAAAUAAAAGAAUAACAUCUGAACAUUCAAUGCAAGAUGCUUAUUUUCAAGAAGAACCAUUACCAGCUCAAGAUAUCUUUGCUGGAUGUGCAAUUCCAUAUCCAAAAAGAGAAUUUUUAACAGAUGAUGAUACUGAGGAAAAGACUGAAAAUAAAGCUCGUCAAAAUCAACAACAAACGCAACAAAAUCAGCCACAACAGGGUAAUAGUGAACAUAAUCAUGGUCAAAAUCCAAAACGAGUAAGGUUAAAUGGUCCACAUGGAGCACCAGAAUUUCAUCAACAUCAAAGUCAUGCAAUGACUCAUCAACAACCACAAGGAAUGGUAUAUUCAACUGCCCAACCAACACAGCCAGCAAACUUUCAUCAACGUUAUUAGAUGAGAUUUCAUCUAACAAUCGUGCAAAGCAUUAAAUAUAUUAAAUGAUAAAUAAAACAAAAUAAACAAACAAACAUACACAAAUAAAAAAAAUUAAAUAAAUAAACAAACAAACAAAAGAGAAGGUAGGAAAAAAAAAUAAAAAAAAAAGUUUAAAUACAAUUGAAAUAAAUAAAUCAUUUUAAUCAAAAAGGUAUUGUUGAAUAAAAUGACAAAAUAAUGAUGACCAUGAUGAUGAUGAUGAUGAUGAUAAACUGUGUGUAUUACAACUUAAUCAAUUCAAUAUUAUAUUUUUUUAUAUAUUUUUAAUUUACAUAUUAUUUUUUUUUUUAUUCAUCCAGCUAUUAUAUCUUUUUUUUUUCUUUUUAAUUAUGGUUAAGUAGAACACACUGAGUGUGGUCAGACGAGUCAUACAUAAAUAUUUUUAUUUAUUUUUUUUUAUUUUAUAAUUAAUUCAAUUGUCAUGAUACUGGUGCCGUUUAUUGUCACUCAGG